AUGGUUGGGAAAUUUGGAGGACCCCCCAAAGUGUUCCUCCUGGUAUGCUUCAUCCUGCAACACAUUGACGCAAUUCUGCACCUGAGUAGAAACCGCCACGGGAAUCAUAAAAAGGGAAGAAGUAAACUCAGCAUGAAUUUUAAGGGGAGGGACGACAUCCUUACGGGGAAAAGAGGAGGCAGGUUCAGCGCGAGGGGACACAAUUACGCAAAGGUUGACACUCCAUCGAUGGAAUUCCUCUCCCUCAAAGGAAGAGGAAAAAAAGGUCAACAAGGCACUUACUGUAGAGGGUACCCCUUGAAUUUGCUGGGGGAAUAUUUCCUACGCAACGUAAGCAAUUCCGUGUUGACAAGGAAUUUAUUUUUUUUAACGCCCCAAUUGGGGAAGCAAGAAGGGAAGAGAACAAAAUGGCGUUUCUGCAGAGGGGAGGUAUGGGAAAAAAAGCGCAAGUUUGGAUCGAGGCUCGCGAUGGGGGAGGCGGGCAAGGAAGAUACCCCCGCUGAGGAGGUUAUGAAUAGGGAGGUUCAUCAGAAUGGGCAAAAUGGCAAAGGUGUCACCACGCAGGCAGAUCAAGACGGGUCUGUGGAAGAAAGGGAAAAAAGACAAAGGUUAAAUGAAUACAUGCAAAAAGAACUGCUAACAAUCGAGUAUAUUGAUGAAGACAAUGAACGCAGCGAAGUUCAGCUGAAGGUGCAUAUUAAAGGCAGCCUGAGGGAACACUACUAUGACAUGUGUGUAAAACAAUAUAAGCAAAAAAAACUGAAGGAAAAUAAAUACGAAUACUCCUAUUUGAAGGACGUACCGAUUAACAACUUAAUUAAUUACAUUAAGAAGGAGGACUAUCUGGACAUUUUCCUGAAGCAUGUAAAUGAUGACAUAAUUAGGGUUUAUCAAAAAAUGAAAAAUCUACAUUUGAUCGGAUCCCCAAGACUUACGAACAACAUUAACCAUUUAACGAUUGGCAAAUUUAACGACGUGUAUUUAACCUUCUUGGUUGAUAAAUUUCCAAAAAUAAAAUUUAAUAAAUCGUAUAUCCGGUUACCGAUGAAGGUAGAAAUACCUCCUUACGAAAAAGGAAGCACUUUUAAGGAAUUCUUAAAGGUCAUAAAAAAUGAAAUGGAAAAAGAAAAUGAAGUUUUAAUAAAUGUGGAUGAAAAUCAUAAGGUGGAUUGGAAUGACGAUGUGCAUGUGAAUGUGUGCAGGGGGUGGGUCUACAGUUCGAGUAACGAAUACCACAUGGAUAUGUGUAGCGUUGAAGGAGAAGAGGUAAACAAAUUGGAACAACGUGGAGGGAAAAGUAGCCAAGAAGAAAUCUCCGAUGAUACAACACUUAAUGAAGCAUUGAGCAGCCGAGAUAAAAUUAAAGACCUCAUCGAUAUCGACAAAACGGAGGAAGAAUUUAUUAACAGCGCAGAAGCGUGUGAUGAAAAAAAGGCAGAGAAAUACACCCCUCAAAAUGAUGAAAAAUUAUUUAAUGAUACAAAUAGGAAAGACAUGGAGGAGGGUAAGUACUAUGAUGAAUUUUUGCAAAGCUCUAAAUUUACAAAGUACUUCAAAGAAGGGUAUCAACUACCGAGGGAGGUAAUUUCCAUGAAUGGGGAAGUCAUCACGGUGAAGGAGAAUUGCAACCCCUUGGGGCUUAACGAGUCUCUUAUCGGAUUGUCCAAAAAUGAGAAAAAGAACGUAACUGCCUACCUCCCUGUGGAUCUGUUCAAGGCGCACUUUGACUCCUCCCCCGAUGUGGCAGACCAGAACAACUGCGAAGAAGCUCCCAACGUUAAGGACAUCGACAAGGAGAGCAUAAGCAAAUUUAGGGAAGUCAUUUACACCGAAAUUAAGAAGCUCAAGAGCCGCAGCUUCUUUCGGGCUCUGGAAGACAUUCUGAAGAACAACCAGGGCAAGUUCUUCGACGGGGAGGCACAAAGCGGCGACCGAACAAACGGUGAGGUGACUAGGGGUGAGGUGACAACCGGUGAGGGUACCACUAGGGAGGGGAACUGCCCAGGUGACUCCCAACAUACCCCCGGUGUGCAGGACAUCGAAUUUAUCCUAAACGAUAACAGCCCUUUGUAUGAUAAUGAUGACGAAUACGUUGACGAAGAAGAAGCGCAAUCGCAUCGACCGUCACCAUCCCAUCGGUCGUCGCAGUCGCUACAGGACCACCCCAUGGAAGACGAGGCAAACCCGGAGGAAGAAGCCCAGUUCAACAAAAACUUCGACAAGUACCUAGAGGAGCUGCUCAAAGACGAUAUCAAUUCCCUGGACGAGAAACUACACGGAAGAGGAGCAACUUCAAAGACGGAAGACAUUCUGCGUAACGUUUGUGACCCCAGUGAGUACGAAAAAUGUGAAGAAGGAAAUGCAAAAAAGGACAUAGGGGAAGAAUCAGGUGAUGAAGAAACGCUAAAUGAUUAUAUACUUGGAAAGUGUGACUUAGUCAAAUGCAUAUUGGAGGUACAUGUGUUGGAUAUCAAGUCGCGAAAAAGGAAUGAACAAGAUAUAAAUGAUUAUGUGAAAAAAAAGUAUAACAAAACGGUGGAUGAGCUUCAAGAAGAAGUUGAAGAGAGAGCCAUGAAGGACAUACAAAACAAAUGUGUAGACCAGAGGAGAAUGGAAGCUUAUAAAAAAUUAAUGGAAAUUUCAUCCCUAAAUGUACCCACAACGUUGUUUCACGCGCAGGGGAAAAUAUUAUACAGCAGUUAUUUGAAGAAAAAAAAAAUGCAAAGUAGCGAAAAUGAUAAAAACGAAAAAGUGUUAAGUUUAGAAGAGUUCUUGAACAAAUCACAGAAAGAAAUUUAUGAUCAAGUGAAAUUUUCUUUUAUUGUUAAAACAAUUUUUCAAAACGCUAAAUUAAAGGUAAAUUACGACGACGUAAUAAAAGACGUAUUAAAAACGCUCCUUAAAACGCCAACGAAUAAUGUGAAGUCGUUAAUAAAGAAAAUUCAUACCAUUCACCAGGCACAGUGCGUGCUCGAUUUCGUGUCUGUAAAUGGUGAUAUAUCCUUUGCGACGAAUAAUAGCUCGUCUGUCAAUUUUUCAGUCACCAUGAAAAAGGGAUCGAAUUACACAAAGGAGGAAUUCCUGAAUGCAGACGAGGGGGUGAACGAUGCCCAGGCAGGUCCACACACGGGGGACGUAUCACCAUCGCCAGAGAGGAAAUCCCCCCUUUAUGGUGAAGGAAGGGCCGGAAAAAAUGACACAUGUGGAAACACACCAAAUGGUGGGGACCAGCAGGAAAAACAGAAAAUUUUUAACUUUACCGACGAAUCGAAUUUCGUAGUGGAAAACAAGAAGGAAAAUAGUGAGCAAGUGGAGCUGGAAUAUUUUACCUUUAAAAAGGGUGCGAAUUAUACCAAAUAUUUUGAAGAAAAAUAUAAAAAAAAAUGA